UUUUAGGAGAUGACACAUUUGAGUGUUGUACUACCCUGGAGGUCAGACAUCCAUCAUCACUGCCGCCUGAUGCGGAGUGGAGCCGCCAUCCACCCAUCUGUUGACCGCACGGCUCAAUCUGAUUCGCCAUAACGCUUAAAAACACGACUCUCAACAACUCAGCCAUUUCCUCUGCUCUACGGUUGGACUGCGCGUUGGUGUUUCUCUGCGAUCAAAUCAGAUGUUAAAAACGAGACUAUCACGAACAAAGAAAAUCGCUCCGCUGCGUUAAAAGACAGACAAUUCCACCUUAAAUACCAUUUGCGUCUGUGGCGGAGACCUAGGCGCCAUCUUCGGUCCACCUUAAGCGCACAAUGUGGCCAACGAACGAAAGCGUACACCAGCCAGGCUUCCGUCCUCAUUUUCCAGCCGGGGAUCGCACUCUGGCUUCGCAGCUUUGACACAGCGUCACUUGUGAAACAGCACAGGGGGAAAAGACGCACUCGGGCCAAACCCCAUCCGCACAAGCAGGAGAAGAUGUCCGAUCCCAAUAAGUACCGAGAGUGGAUCCUGGAAACAAUCGACUCUCUCCGCUCGAGGAAAGCCCGUCCGGAUCUGGAGAGGAUUUGUCGAAUGGUCCGGAGACGACACGGGUCAGACCCGGACCGAACCAGGACAGAACUGGAAAAACUGAUUCAAGAGCAGACGGUGCUCAAAGUUAGCUAUAAGGGGUCCAUAUCGUACCGAAAUGCGGCAAAGGUGCAGAGGAAAACCAGAAAGAAGAGUGAGUUUACGGCCGCUGGCAGCAGUAGCAGCAGCAGCAGCAGCGCGGAGGCAGCGAGGGAGCGGACCAAACGCGACCAGAUGAACAACAACGGCGACAGUGCGCACAGCUUCACCGACCAGGAGGAGGGAGAGGAGGGAUCGGAGCCCAGCCCAGAUUCCCACACUCAAACGCCAGCCAGCACAACCGAGAAAAAGCUCAAGCCUGCCUCCAGCCCGAGUAGCGGAAACGGGUGCCUCAGUUGUGGCGCAACAACGGGCUGCGCUGUCGGGAGCUGCUGUAAAGAGGAGAAAGCAAGUGCACCGACAGACAAGGGAUUAGGACCGCAGGGAGUGCGGAACUGCCCUUCGCCCGGUCUCUGUCACAGAACCAACGCACACGGCAGCGGUGAUGCCAGCAAGUUAUCACCGAGCAAAGCCGAUGCAGUUUGCGGAGAAAAAGAGUCGUGUGUGUCCGGUGAUGACACCCAGAACAAAACUUGCUCUAGGAGCGUCAGCAGCCUUCUGCAGCAACAGAGACAGAAGCUGACUGAGCUCCUCAAGCCUAAACUUCAACUUGGAGGAGGGGGCAUCAAAACUGCGGGGAACCCCGCCAACUCUGACCUGGGUGACAGAUUGGUGGCUUCUGUUCGCAGCCUGUCCGAGAAGAGCAUGCGAGGCGGCCACGCGACCAGAGGCCACGUGAAACCGCUCGGGUUGAAGGAGAUUUUGGGCUAUCUGAGCAGCCAGGACCGGCUGUCGGAGGAGAAGCUGACCCGAGGCAAAGUCAAAGUGGUCAUGGAGAGAGAGGUGGCGAGGGGCAGGCUGCGCAUGAGCCGCUGCGGGAACAUUACUCUUCCUCUGAGGGGGAUGGUGGUGGAGAAGCCGAUGCCGAAGAAUGCGUCCGCUGACCGUCUUGUAAAGAGCGCACUGCAGGACGUGCACACUGAGAAAAAGCCGCCGUCCCCCUCUCUCCAUGAGAAUGAGCCGAUGGAAACAGCCAGUGAAGAAGAGGAACGGGAAAAGAAUGAGGAAGAGGAGGAGGAUCCCCGGAGUUCUGAAGAGGAAGGAGGACCACCCCCGGUAGCCAUGACAACCGAACAAGAGCUCAUUGAGAAAACUACAGAAGAUGCUGAGAUCCAGACAGCAUCCAAGCAGGAGAGCCCCCAGCAGCAGCACUUUGGUAAAGGCAUGUGCGGGCUUGAUUCCCUCACCAGGACGCCGCGUCCACCUGUUCAGGGAGCUUCCGUGUCACAAUGUAACAGCACACACUUGAACAAGAGAGCCGUCGUCCCUGAUCAGCUAUGUACGGAGACACAAAUGCAGCAUGACAGAAUCCACCACACCUCCUCAGGCUUUAACAGCAUGGAGUCUAAGACAGAGGUUGGAGUGUUGUCCUGCCUGCUCACACCCACUGCCUCUCCGAAAGACUCUGGCACAUCUGAGGAACGAGGGAUGAAUGGAGUUACCAGUGGAGGGUCUGAGGGGACCAGUGGGAGCCCGGUGGACUGGACGGUGUCUGAUGUGGUCAGUUAUUUCACAGCGGCAGGUUUCCCCGAGCAGGCUGCUGCCUUCAGGACCCAGGAAAUCGAUGGCAAGUCUCUUCUCCUCAUGCAACGUAACGAUGUGUUGACUGGCCUUUCGAUCAGACUCGGCCCCGCCCUUAAGAUCUAUGAGCAUCAUGUAAAGGUUCUGCAGAAAACACAUUUUGAGGAUGAAGACUGUUGACAACAAAAAUGCACACUAAGACUGAUAUGUCUGUAUCUACACAAAGCUCAAUUAAUCCUUUAAAAAUGUAUGCAUGAUAUACAAUACACUUCACUUUUUAUAUUAUGUCAAACAGCACCACACACACACCUAAUUUUCUCUGCCUCUGGUCCUCUGCGACUGCUCUGGUUCAGAAACCACACACCCAAAUGAGCCUGGAUUUCCUGGACAACAGGGAUUUUUCUGCCAAACCGUGCACACGUGUUGGAGGAAGAAAGUAGACUCAUACAAUUUUAAGACACAGGGGCUGAAAAAGAAAAGUCAUGCAAUCAUGCAUCCUUUUUUAUUUCCAAUGAUCAAGCACUUUCUCGACUAAACUGCAAGAUGGUUUGUUUUUAAACUGUUAUCUUGUACUGACCUUUAUGCACAUUUUGAAGAAGGCCUGGAUAAUUCUGGGUGGAAGUAAAUUUUCUUUUGUUCUUUUGGAGCUGUGGUGCAAGGGUAUCUCACUUGUGGCUGUGUGUUUGUCAUUGCACACAUACUGUAUGUGUGUGGCAGCCAUGACAGAGCAUGUUGGAUUGAUUAGAAACAAAUAAGAAGUUGACCACAUUAAACACAUUCCCAGAAGCUGGUGCAGAUGAUUGGGAUGCUGACCCGUCAAAUAUCCGUCCUGUACUGUAUGUCAGGCUAGAAUCCGGUCCAGGGUUCACGGCCGCAGGUCAAAGCAAUAAGCUGAUAAUCUAAUUUCCCUACUAAAUGAAAUUAAGACUGGGGAUGGU